GCCUCUGUCCUGUGCAUGCGAUUGCUGCCUUUGAAUCUGAGAGGUCUAAGAAGCAUUAUCACAAAAAUGCCAGUCACCCGUUCAGCCAGCCGUUCAGCUACAGUGAACACAACAUCCGUUGAAGUCGACAGCAGCAAGACCGCUAAAUCGCCUGCAACAAACAAGAGAAAAGCAGCAGCAGCAAGCACCCCCAAGAACACGCCAAAAGCGAAAAAAGCUCGUGUAGAUGAGGCUCCUCCCAGCACUCCGCUUGUUCUUCCACCUGUUCCCGAGGCUUCCAAGUCUGAUGACCCAAUAGAAAAAUCGCUUGUCCCUGCUGUACUCAGCUUUUCCUUCGAGGAUGCAAAACGCCAUCUAAUCAACGUAGACGGAAGAUUUGAAGAUAUUUUCAGCAAGUUGAGAUGCAAGCCUUAUGAGCAACUCGAACAGGUUCACCCGUUUCGCGCUCUUGUCCAGUCAAUCCUAGGCCAACAGAUAUCUUGGCUAGCUGCGCGUUCUAUCAACCACAGAUUUAUCAGGCUUUACAACCCAUCUUUGCCAGAGAAAGCGACUGAUUACAAUGAGGCUAAGUCUGCAGCAUCUUUUUUCCCAAGUCCUUCUCGAGUUGCAAAGACCGAUAUAGCAGUCCUCAAGUCUGCAGGGUUAAGCACCCGGAAAGCCGAAUAUGAGUCUAAUGCACGAAACCCAAAACACGCCUGCACUGAAGUCCAAGAUCUGGCGGCAAGGUUUUCGGAUGGUCGUUUGUCGACUGAAAAGCUCCUUGAAGCAGAUGAUGAAGAGUUAACUCAAAUGCUCACAGAAGUCCGAGGCAUUGGCAAGUGGACUGUUGACAUGUUCGCCAUGUUUUCAUUGCGCCGCCCAAAUAUCCUUCCUGUUGGAGAUCUGGGUGUGCAACGUGGAGUAUUGCGCUGGGUCCUUGCCUUGCAUUCUCCUUCUAAUCCUUUCAUCCUGUCCCCCGAGAAACUCUCUACCAAUGGCGCUUCAGAAAAGGAGAAAGAUACUAAAAUAACUGCACCUGCAGACCCCGAUUCUUUACCUACAUUCGGGUCGAGCACAAACCAAGUCAUAUCUGACGAACCUCCAGAAGGUCCAGCACUGGAUGUAUCAUCUGUGCCUCCUGCGCCGGUGUCUGAAAGUCCUGUGAAACUCAGCACUGGGGAUAGCAGUAAUGGCGGUCCCUCGUUUUCCGCCAAUAUCCCUUCCCUUCCCCCUCUUUUCACGCCGUCCAUCAGUAAGACGCUGAACGACGUCCAGAAAGCUACAUCGCACGCUUCAGCUCUGAUGCCAUUGCCCGAGGGACUGACUGUAGCGGAGCUUAAGACCCGUCUUGGAGGCAAGAAGAAAAUCAAAGGCGCACUGUUGACACCGAAUGAGAUGGAAGCAUUGACCGAAACUUGGAAGCCGUACAGAAGCUUGGGCGUGUACUACAUGUGGUCGUUAGCUGAAGACAAGUAGCGCUAGUUGGCGGAGAUCGCACGACUUGCACCUGGUCCAGAGCCAUGCUGUAGUAGUAGGAUGCACGUCUAUAAUACUAGAGAUUAGGUUUUGUGCAUUCCUGCCACUAUCGAUACAAAAGAAUCCACUGUGAUGCUUGUCCUGUCC